AUGGCUGACAUGAAGACCGGCAUCUUCGCCAAAAACGUCCAGAAACGCCUUAACCGCGCCCAGGAGAAGGUUCUUCAAAAACUAGGAAAAGCAGAUGAAACUAAAGAUGAACAGUUUGAAGAAUACGUUCAAAAUUUCAAACGGCAAGAGGCAGAGGGUUCCAGACUCCAGAGAGAGCUGAGAGGAUAUUUAGCAGCCAUUAAAGGAAUGCAAGAUGCCUCAAAAAAGCUUACAGAGUCUCUCCAUGAAGUGUACGAGCCAGACUGGUAUGGACGUGAAGAUGUGAAAAUGAUUGGAGAGAAAUGUGAUGAACUUUGGGAAGACUUCCAUCAAAAACUGGUGGAUGGGUCAUUGUUAACGCUGGAUACAUAUCUAGGACAAUUUCCUGAUAUCAAAACUCGCAUUGCAAAACGAAGCAGAAAGCUAGUGGACUACGACAGUGCAAGGCAUCAUCUAGAAGCCCUGCAGAGCUCAAAAAGAAAAGAUGAGGGUAGAAUCACCAAGGCAGAAGAAGAAUUUCAAAAAGCACAGAAAGUGUUUGAAGAGUUUAACACUGACUUGCAAGAAGAGUUGCCAUCUCUGUGGUCACGACGAAUUGGCUUCUAUGUGAACACCUUCAAAAAUGUAUCCAGCCUUGAAGCCAAGUUUCACAAGGAAAUAGCAUUAUUAUGUCACAAACUAUAUGAAGUGAUGACAAAGCUGGGGGAUCAGCAUGCAGACAAGGCCUUCACCAUUCAAGGGGCACCAAGUGAUUCAGGUCCACUCCGCUUUGCAAAAACACCGUCACCACCAGAGGAGGUCUCUCCCCUACCUAGCCCUACUGCUAGUCCCAAUCAUAUGCUGGCACCAGCAUCUCCAGCACCAGCCCGACCGAAGUCGCCUACACAGCUGAGGAAAGGUCCACCGGUCCCACCACUGCCUAAACUCACACCCACAAAGGAGUUGCAACAGGAGAACAUCAUUAACUUAUUUGACGACAACUUUGUCCCAGAAAUCAAUGUGACAACCCCAUCACAGAAUGAAGUACCUGAAGCUAAGAAAGAGGAAUCGUUACUGGAUUUGGACUUCGACCCCUUCAAACCAGAAGCUGUGUCAACAGGAAUUAGUCAUUCACCCAUGUCUCAGACAUUGCCAUGGGAUCUAUGGACGACAAGCAGCGAAUUGGUGCAGCCGGCAUCCACCAUAGCAUUUAAUGGAUUUGCACAGGAUAUAUCUGCAUUUACAGUGCAAUCAAAUGAGAAUGUGGAAGAACCUUUGGAGAAUGUCGAGGCAGGAGAUAAGGAGACAACUGGAGUUGCUGAGAAGGAAAGCAAG